GGUGGCUCUCAUCUUGCCCUCUUAAAUGCUGCUUGACAUUAAUCUCUCUCCCUCUCUCCCUCCUUCCCUCCUCCUUUAAAUGCGCUCUUAUUACUUCAUACAUUCCCUAGGCAGCCUCUCUCCCUCUCUCUCUCUCUCUCUGUGCUAUUCAAGAGAGUGUUCUGUUUCAAGACUCACCUCGACGCAGCUCUGGGCUGAUCCCCUCCAGCCAGUCUCGAGUUUGAGGAUGACGAUGAAGAGGUGGGUCUGUGGAGUGCUGAAACAUGUUCAGCUCAGGCUCAAGGAACUACCUGCUGCUUCUUUGUGGGUGGGUGACGGAGCUGGCGCUUCAAGAACUGAGUGUUUCUGCAGAUUCUUGAAGAGAGCUUUACUUGCUGCUUUCACCUGCGCUUUUGCUUUUGGUGGAGCUAUUGUCGGAAUAAUCACAGGAGCGCUAAAGGGACAGACGACGGAGACGGGGUUCGUGAGAGGAGCAGGAAUUGGGGCAGUGGCUGGGGCUGUCACUGCGGUUCAGUUGCUGGAGCUUAUGGUAGAUGGGGAGUCACUUUCUAAGGUUGCGCUCCUGUGCAGCUUAGUGGAUGGGAAAGUAUUCAUGGAAUGGGUAGGCCCUGCAGUGCUCAAAGCCUAUCAAUGGCAGGUGAGCAAUCUGGAAACACCUUAUAGGGAGAUUUCAGACAUUUAUGACACUGCAGAAGAUAAAGGGCUGUCCCUGAAUUGUAUUCAGAGGCUUCCUGAAUACCAUUUCCAGUCUAGCAAGAUGGCCAAGAAAUCUGUUGAUGGACCCUGCUGCUCAAUCUGCCUCCAGGACUUCCAGGAAGGAGAAACUGGAAGAAGGCUUCCAAAGUGCGGGCAUAUUUUCCAUUUGGAGUGCUUGGACGCAUGGCUCGUCCGGCAAGGCUCGUGCCCUAUGUGCAGAGACGAUAUAUGUGAACACGAGAACGCCGACUGUUUCUUGAAUAACUUUUGAGUUCCGAGUCGCGAGGAGAUUUGAGAGGUCUUCUUUCGACAACUUGUAAUAUAUGCGCGCACUGCAACAUCAAGAAGUUGAUUUGCGAAAUGCUUGGGAGACUACACAUUAGGCACAGGAUAUAGAGUUAACGAAUAACUUGACUUUGCUGAGCUAACUUUCAUAUGCUUUGUAACGCAAUCUGCAUUGUAGGACACGAAGACAUGGACCGACUUCAUAGGUCGAAUGCGAUCUCAAAUCAUUAAAUAAUACGAGUUCGAGAAGCAAGCUCUUAAUCUAAGAGC